AGGCUCUCUCGAUUAGAAUAAACUCAGGAUUAGGGUUUCCGAUCUCGAAGGAGAAUCGCAGCGGUUGCUACAAUUGAUUCGAAUUUUCAUUUUGGAAUUGCAUCAGUCCGUUCAUCGGUUGUCUUAGAUGGAUCUGGAAACCGAAAACAGAAUAGCUUCUAUUCUCUUAAAAAGAGGCGGCAGAAUUGAGACGACAAGCUGACAGAGAAGGUGUUCAUGUUUAUCUUCGGCAGCCUAUAGUAAGGGGUCGGCCGAAUUCACGGUUCCUCACUGCAACUGUUCUUGGUGUACAGCAAGCUAAUCGAGUUGUUGAAGUGAAUGAAAUGUGGCGAGUUCGACAGAAGGAGUUGGAGCUAAAUGAUAGGCUAAAAGGAAGAUCAAAAAACGACACCAGACACCGCAAGAGUCCUGGGGACAGUUGCAGUUCCUCCAGAAUGACCAGUGAGAAGCAUGACAGCGAUUUUAGUGCUUCAUGCUCAUCAAGUAAGAGGAUGACUGAGAGUUCUUAUUCAAGGGAAGAUGGAGGUCUAAGGGAUGAAGAGAUUGAGCAAUUUCUUCAGUCAAGGGUAAAGCGUGGUCGAGGUUCUAUAGGUUCAAGGAUGGAUGAGACAGGACCAUACCUACCAGCAAACUUUGAUUCCCCGAAAAUGGCAUCAACAAACUUUGUUGCAAGGGACCAUCGUGUCACAUUGGGCCUUGGGAAGCCUUCUUCAUUGAGAUGGGAUGAAUCUUCUGAUGGAGAACAUAGAUGGAAGAAAGAAAAGGAACUCUCUAAAAGCUCAGAUAAAAAGCACAGACGGAAGCACAGAUCUAAAGAAAAACCAAAAGAUAAGAAAAAGAAGAGGAAGGAGGAGAAAAGAAGCAAACAUGGCAAGUGAGUUAUGCAAAGGAUUUACAGAAGUUAGUUUUAUCAAAUCAAUCUAUGUACUAUUUGGCAAUAAUCAAUGAUCGGUUGUAGCAUGUAAAAACGGGUCGUUCCUUGUUCUAUGAUGAAAAUGAGCGUUUG